AUAAUUUUUACACAGGUGUAAAAACAGUAAAUAUUAAAAAUUAUAAAUCUUGUUGGGUAAAAAUGAGGAUGUAGAUGGAUGAGGAUGAUGUCUAUGCCCAGCAGCUGAAAGAAGUGUUCAAUAGCUGUGAUUUUGACGGCAAAGGUUAUCUAAUAAGAAAUGAGUUGAUUGAUCUUUCACAAAAAUUACAGCUUGGGGACCAAGUACCUGCUCUGCUGACUGAAGUUCUUGGUGAUGAGUUUACGGAGGGAACAGUUACUUUUGAAGUAUUUCGAGAAGCAUUUGUUAAUGUUCUUGCGAAAGCAAUUGACACAUUUGACGAUACCACAGAAGAUGAUCGAUCAGACUGGUCAGAAUUUGAACAAGGUGAAUCUACUUUGAAGUACUCAACGAAUUUCAAAGACGAAAAAUCUCACGAUGACGAUUUCAGUGUCUUUUUGCGAAAAAGUCCUGAGAAAACACCACAUAAACUCCCUACAACGAGAAAGACCAGUACCCCAAACGAUCCUCGCUCAAAUAAAUUACGAGAACAGUAUAAGACAUUGAGGUUACCAUCUAAAGAUGAAGUUGUAAUCGAAGCAAGUGGGACUGUUGAGUCAUUAGCGUCAACAUAUACACAAGAGCUGGUAGCAGGAACUGAUGCGAAAGAACUUCAGAAAGUUUGGGAUGAUAUAGCGGUUGGUGAAUCCGGCUUCUUAAAUCUGCUUCAGCUCUCCACUGUAUGCGAUCACAUCGGCAUGGGAAAGAUGGCCGAUGACGAAGUUGAACUUUUAUUCUCUGAGCUAGACACCAAUGGUGAUGGUUUAGUGAGUUUUGACGAGUUUUUUAAUGGUUUGUUUUCAUCAAAGAAUGGAGCCGCAACAGAUGAUGAAAGCGAUGAGGAAGAGGGACUUGAAAGUAUCAAAAGUAUUUCAUCAGUGAAGAGUUUAAAAGAAUUAGUAAAAGAAAAUGGUAGCAUGCCUGUAUCACCAAGAGGAAAGCAAUCAAGUGAGGUCAAUAAACGCAUAAGUAUUGAUAUAUUAUCUUCACUGGAUCCAAAUAAUUCAGGGAUUGUCGAACUUGCAAAAGUGAAGGAACAUUUUAAGAAGAACAAAAAUGUACAUGGAGUUUUAAAGGAGCUCACACCGGACGCUGACGGUAGAGUUCGCACGAAACAUCUUUCGCGAUUGUUUGAACGAAUAGUUUCAGAUAGUGGAGAUACUAUACACAAAUCUCUACUUUAUACUUACAAACAAGAAAUCAUCUAUUUACGUGACCAAGUGGACACAUCAAAAAAUGAAGUAAAUGUAUUGAAAAACAACAUCACAAAGUUGAGUGCUGAUAAUAACUCGCUCAUACGCGAAGGAGAAGAACAAGUUCGUGAAAAAGAAGAAACACUUAAAUAUGAACUAAAAAAUCAAGCUGAAAGUUACGAGAACAAAAUAUCUUUGCGUGAGAAAGAAUUGAUGCAACAGCGUGAAGCCAUGCUACAGAAGCACCAACAGCAAAAUCAACUACUGGAUAAAAAGUUGCAGGAAAUGAAGAAUGAAGAUCUUCAAACUAAAAAGAAAAUUAAAGAAGCUUCUGUAGAAAUCUUACGACUUGAAGAAAACUUAAAAGAAACAAUUAACCAGCUUAACUUAGAACGAAAAAAAUGUACAUGUUUGGAGAUGGAACUUAAUAACACGACAGAAUAUAAACAAAAAGUAAGCGAGUUAGAAAGAGAACGAAGGUCGAUGAAAGAUGCCCAAAACAAACAAUCACUCAAAAUAAAAGACUUAGAAAGUAUAAACAAGGAAUUACGUGACCGAAAUGAUGAAUAUUUGGCGCAGUUAGAGCAACUUUCAUCUGCAGGAUAUAAAGUGGCCCGAUCUUUGAACGGUUCUAAAGGAAGCGACGACAUAACUCGAAAUGGCUCGUAUUUGUCGGAUUAUCUGAAGCCCAAUAUCGUGAAAAGACAUUUUUCUAGCACGUCACACGAUGACCAAGUUUUCUCGAAUUCAGAUAUGGACGAGUGUCGUCUCAAAAUAAUCGAACAAGACACUGUCAUAGCCGGCUUACGACGAGAUCUUGAGACUGUGAAUCGACUUCUUGAUGAAAAUACGUCGAACUUAAACGAACGACAUCGUCGCGAAAUCAGCCGCGUGACCGAAAAACAUACGUCAGAUAUGUUGGAGAUGAAAAAUUUAAUGACGAUAGAAUUAGACACGAUGUCGAAGCAUUAUUCGAAGGAGAAAGAAAAUCUAGUGACCGCUUUCGAGAGAAAAAUGAACACGGAAAGACAAAACUUUCAGAAUGAAAAACAAAGUUUAAUAAGAGAUUAUGAAAGCGAGCGAACGCGAUGGGAUAUUUCGUCUGACGCUGAGAAUGAAUAUUCCUUUAAAAAGGAAAGACGUAAAAUCGAGAAUUCGUUUCGUGAGGAGAAAGAAGAACUAGGAAUGACGUACCGGUCACAGCUAACCAAGUUAGAGGAAAAAGUUGUUAUUUUAGAAACAGAAAAAGCUGAAAUGGAGCUGAAAUUUUUAAAUGAAAAAGCUGAACUGGAACAAAAAUUUCGCAUCGAACGUGCAGAACUUCAGCAGAACGCGACGAGUUCGAAUCGUGAAGUUAAUAAAUCUCAGAAAUACAUUGAUAAUUUAAAGAUCGAACUGGAGAAAAAACAUUUUGACAACGUCAAGGAAAUAGAACGCCAAUUUAAAAAGGAUAAAGAAACUAUGCUUGAUAACAUGGAGAAUGAAGUUCAAAGUUUACGCAAGAAACAUCAAAAAGAGAUGAGCGAUUUGAGAAAAAGUUUUUCAUCGCAGGUAAGUGAAAUGGAACAGUGUUUUAACAACGAACGCGCCAGCAUGAGGGAGGGUUUUAAUAGGGAAAAAACUGGAAUGGAACAGAAAUUUUUACGUGACCGAGCUGAAUUAGAAGAUGUCUUGAAACAGGAAUAUGAGCAUCAAUUGGCUUUACAGUUAGCAGAUUUACGUAAAACGUCUGUGGAGGAGAGAUCGAUUAUCGAGGAAGAUCUUCGGCGGGAAAAAUAUGAACUAUCGAAGAGUCUACAGCAAGAAAAAUCGAACGCAGAACGCCAGGUGAAGCAAUUAAAAACGCAGUUGGAACUCUCCUUUGCAGAUGAAAAGGAGAGUUUAAAGGAACAAUACGAUCUCGAAAAAUCUCUGCUUGAGCAGAAAUACAAGCGAGAGAUUUCAGAGUUGCAACAGGCAUUUUCUGGUGGUGAAGCAGGCCUUAAAGGAAAAAUGAAGGAAGACUUCCAAAACCUUAUCAAUAACUAUAAAAGCGAGUGGGAAACAUCGUAUCGAAAAGAAAAAGUUGAACUCCAACAGAGUUACGCUCGAGAAAAAGCCGAAUUAGAAUUAAGUUGGCAGGUUGAAAAAACAACCAUGGAGGAGAAUUUUGCUGUGGAGAAGAGAGACCUUGAAAACAUGUUUGAAGAAGAAAAGGAAGACCUAUUGAAUAAAACACAGAGACAUCAAAUGCAGAUGGAGUUUGAAUAUAAGAAAGAGUUAGAAGCACUCAAAGAUAAUCGAGACAAAGAGUUUAAAGAACGGGUUAAUAGAGAGACUGAACAAUUAAGAAAUUCCAACAAUUUUCUUGAAUCUGAACUCAUCUCAUUAAAGGAACAAAAGAAAGAACUAGAUACGAAGAAUCAGGUUUUAGAACUGAAGAUACUGUCCAUUAGCCAGGAAGCAUCCGAGAUAAGUGAAUUUCACAAUGAGAAAAAAAUUUUAAGCAACAAAAUUAUUUCUUUAACAGAAGAGUUAGACAUCUUAAAAACUGAUAAAAAUCAAGUUGAAGACGAGUUACAAAAAUUAACUCGCGAGAAAGCAACCAUUCUCGACAACAGCGUUCAUGAGAUUACUGAGCAACAAGAAACUAUUACUCGCCUUCAAAGUGAAAACGAGGCUAUGCAGGACAGGAUUGAUAAAUUGUCAGUCGUUGAAAACGAGGCUGGCGAGUUAAAGUAUGAAAACACAAAACUGUCUAAAGAAAUUUGCGAAAAACAACGCGUUUUAAAUUCUUUGCUGGAGGUUGAGAAGGAUAACAAACUUUUGAACGAGAGUGUCCGAACUCUCGGCCUUCAUGAACGCGAACUAGAGGCGGCUCUACAGGAAAAGGAGAUUAAAAUAUGUCACAUUGAAGACGAGGUUGAGCAUUACAAGAAAAUGUUGGAAAACAUGGAGGAAAUGUACACCAAGGAGUUCGAUUCACAAAAAGAAAAGCUCAACUUGCAAACAACAGCUUUCACGACAGAAAAGUCUCGUUACCUCAGAGAAAUCCAAGAGCUUAAAGAUCAGCUCUACAGAGCUAGCGCUUCUAGCGAUCGCGAUUUAGCUUUGAAAGAAAAAGUUUUUAACGAUGCGAAGGCUGAAGUGAUUAACCUGAAUAAAAAGCUCGAAGAAAAGUCUCGCAAAAUCCGCUCCUUUGAAGAUUCGUUAAUGAUUAUGGAAGAAAAACUAAAUGCAACUAAACAAGACAAGGAUGAAUUAGAUAACCAAGUCAAAAGUUUGAAGAUGUUAUUGAAUGAGAACAAUAUGAGGGCGAGAGAUGAGAAAAAGAAUAUGAUGUCAAAAUCGAUACGUUCUGACACGUUGGUUACCGAUCUUUAUCUCGAGAACGCGAAUCUUAUGAAACAAAUCGCAGACGCUGAAAGCAACCUCGGUAAUUCAAAUAAACAAAUACGUCAAUUAACGGACCAGAAGAGAGCGUUACAGAGAGUAAUUUCAAAGUUGUGUCAUGCGCAUGGAAUAACAAACUUUACGUGAAAUCACUUUCCUUGGUCACACUUUGACUAGAUGAGCGGAGUAGUAUUUUCUUGGUCGCACGAAAAAAAACGGUGCUUUAUUGGAUGAUACAACUGCGUAUGUUUUUUUAAAACGUCGGUUUAACCCGUAAUAAACAAUCACACAGCAUCGUUAAACUGGACCAUUACAAUGUGUGCUACGAACUUAGCGUAAACAUUUCAUGUUACGCCAGAAGUUUCAAAGAGUCGAAGUUGUGGUGGUUUUUUUAAAAUAUAAAUUGUUUAUAGAAACAUUAAAUUUAAUAUAUUUUUUAUCCUUUAUUUAUCGCUAUUUGUACAUGAGUUAUGGUGAAAAAAAGUUUUUCAUCUUCCUAACAA